UUCAGCCCCUCACUGGUCUGAGUUUGGUCGUGGGCCAAGGGAAGCCAAGCUGAGGCCAUGGGAAGCUGCUCCUGCUCUUGCCAGUUUGUGCUUGCUGUUUGGAGCAGGGGAAGCUGUGGGAUGGGUGAAGGAUUUGGGAUGGGUGAUGAGUUUAGAACCCGAAGUCAUUGUGUAGUUACAGGACAUCUACCUGAGGACUGCUGAACCUCAGGGCUUAAGGCAAUGGGUUGAUACAGAUUUCUGUUCCAUCUCCUCCUCUACUGUUAAAAAGAGGAUUUUUGUGCUGUUUUUAGGCGAUUCUGUCUGACAUUAGUGCUUUCUUGUGGUAGUGAGAAGGUUGAGCUUUUAUCUUGCUCUCCCUGACAGCUUGGGUACUGGUGUUAGUUUUCCUUUGUGCUGUGUUGACAGGAAAGGGAAACCUCCCUGCCAAAUGCCAGAGAUGCUUUGAACACAGUCCUCUCCCUUAAAGGCGAAACCUUUGAGUGUUCACCCGAUGGUGGUGAUGAUGGAGAGCAAUAAAAGUGUCCAGAGAGUACAUUUAACACCUCUGUCCCUUGUACUGGUGAGCGCUUGGAGUGUUCUCCGAGUUGAGGAGAUUUGCAAAGAAUAAAAUGCUUCUAGGAAAGCAGAGGUGCCGGAUGUGCAGUUCAUGCUAGGAGCAAUCUUCCCCAGUGCUGACUACAGCUAUCUUUGUCUCUCCCUGCAGAGGGACCUGAUUGCUGUAAUUACACAUCCCAGCAUGAGGGCCUCGCUGUCUGGUACUUGCAAUGUGUGGCCUUUAGGAUCUUCUCUUACUACACCACAGCAAUCUUUUAUUAACUCCUUAUCUAUGGGAUGUGCUAACCACUGCCCUUGAGCAGUAACCCCCAACCAUGAUAUUAUUUGUGCACUCCAGAGGAAAAUGUUUACAAGAUAGACUUCACCAGGUUCAAAAUCCGGGACAUGGAAUCUGGCACAGUCUUGUUUGAAAUCACCAAACCAGCAGCUUCAGAACGUGAACACAAUGACAGGAAGGACAUUGAUCCCAAUGCUGGACGGUUCGUUCGCUAUCAGUUUACUCCAGCUUUUCUCAGACUUCGGCAAGUGGGAGCCACGGUGGAGUUCACAGUAGGAGACAAACCCAUUAAUAACUUCCGCAUGAUUGAGAGGCACUACUUCCGGGAUCAGUUGCUUAAGAGCUUUGAUUUUGAAUUUGGGUUCUGCAUCCCCAGCAGUAAAAAUACUUGUGAGCACAUCUAUGAGUUCCCACAGCUCUCCGAGGAUCUCAUUCGAGAGAUGAUCCUGCAUCCGUAUGAGACACAGUCGGACAGUUUCUACUUUGUAGACAACAAGCUUGUGAUGCACAACAAGGCAGAUUAUUCAUACAGUGGAGGACCUUGAGCACAGGAUGGGCAGCCAACCCACGCUGGCCUUCCCCUUCCUAUCGAAGCCGUCAGGGAUAGCAACACCUCCAGUUCCGUUGCCUACAACGUCAGCUGGACAAGGAUCCACAACCCAAGGACUCUUUGCCACAGUAGGAGUUUCAUGACUAAAUUUGCCAGUCUCAUCGUUUUUGAGCUUUGAAGCAGACCCAGUUCUUCAGAACUUUAAGCGGUUCUAAAUGGUCUUUGGAUACCACUUCCCUAAGUUCUUUCAGUGUCUGCUCUGCAAAUGGCCUUGUGGGACCUGAGGGAUUUUGCCCUAAUUCUGUGGAUUUGUGUUCUUGCCCUCAAAUAUCUGUUAGGACUUGGUUGCUUUCAUAAAGAAUGUGAUCUGAGAAACCACCUGAGUGGAUGGAUGCAAAUGCAGAGUCCUGUUGAUUUGUUUCUCUGGGUCAAUUUCUCUUGUACACCCCAUUGAAAAUGUCAAGUGUAACAUCUUAUAAAAGCAGGUUUCACCUUUAGAUUAGUUCUCAAAAAUUGGUAUUUCAUCCUUUAGUUUUGGUCCUUCUAGUAAUAUUCUGUUUAAUGGCGGAGACACUGAAACUCCCAGUGAAGACUGAUAGUUCAGUGAUAGGGCUGUUUUAAAUCAGGUACUGUCCUUUUACAUUUCAGAUGAAGGCAAAAAUAGCCUUGAGGGUUUUUAACUUCCAUAAGCAUUUUCCACUAAUUUCAGUUUUUGCAAACUGAUUGCAGAAUAAUCAGGAAAAUUGGAAGGAUUUUAGCUUUAUUUAACAUUUUUACAUAGCUAACAUGCAGCCUAUUUGUGCUAUGUGUUUUCCACGUCUAUUUUCUUUCAUCUCUGCUCAAUACUAAGAUAAGGGCUUCAGCACUGCUUGUUAGAGCAAUGCUUUCAUUUGUCUAGGGCAGUUGGAGAGUGCUGGAAUUUCCAGUUUUCCAUUUGUAUCUGAAUUUGAAGAAUGUUAUGAGGGUGUUUUCCCUUUGUUAAAAAUGUUUUGCAUUGGGUAUUAAUACAGGUGAAACAGUAAGUCUAAUAAUGUCAGACUUACUGUCUUAACAUUAAGUCUAGUGUAACAGUAAGCUUAUAACGUAGGACUUUAUGCACAGCAAAAAUUGAGCAAGAGCUCUCUUUUCAAACUCUAAGAAGUUCAAGACCAUUUUUUCCCAAGUUUCUCAGCAUGUGCUUCUUAGAAAUGCAAAGAAGUAGCAGUAUCAAAGGAGUAAAUUAGUGUAUGCAAAGCAAAAGCUGAGAAGGCUGUGGGGGAUAGUCUGCUGUCAUGAAACCCUUACUCUAAAGUUCAGUUCACUGAUACUUUAAACCAAUAAAAGGCAGUUGCAGUUUGUAGAUAUUUCUAUAAAUACUUGAUGUCUCCAUGUCUAAUUCUGUGAGUUGAAGUGGAACAUUCUAUGUUAGCCUCAGAUAGGUGUGAUUGUAAUGAUUUUUAUAAAAUAUCAUUUCCAGUCGUGAUGAAACAUCUUUCUAGGCACAGCUGAGUGGAACUGCAAAUGGUUCCAGCUGUGGCUGUCUGCCUAAGAGCAGGGAGGGUUUCGUGCUCUAUCUGGGCUUGUGGUCACUAUUAAAUGUGUUACCAUUUGUAUUUGGCUUGGCUUUACUUCUGAGAGAAGAUUCAGUUUUCUAAAGGAAAAGCAGUGAGUUUAGGGUACAGCACAGUUUUUUUUUAAGAAUCAUAGCUAAGAAAGUACAUAAAGUUCACUAAUUUUACACAACUAGUAUCUUGUAAUUAGCACAGCAAGACUUGUAUUUAUCACUAGUUUUUGUUUCUAGUGUGUUAAAUCAUGCAUUAGCCUACAGCUUACCUGAGAGUAAAAGAAUUUUCUUGUUAUUUGUAUGAUGCUUUGAACUCCUGAUCAGUAAGUUUUAUAGCACAAUAAUUACUAAAGGUGAGAAUAGCUUGCAAAAGUCUAGGUCUUUCCCCCAGCCUGCUGGUUUUUUUUGCAUCAGAGCUGUUGAACUAUCUAUGUAUUUAAUGACAUUCUGCAAGUUUAAGUAUUUAUGAAUCUUGUUCCAACUCUUGAAGGAGAAAAGACAGCGAUUUGAAGACAAGGCAGCUCGUGUGUUUACAACUAGCACCCCGUACAAGUUUUUUUGGGGUAUCUUUCAACUCUCACCUGCUGUUUGUCAGAAUCAUUUCUGUGCAUAAGAUUUUCAAAGCUGUCUAGCAAUGGUGCUUGCCCCGGCUUGCCAGUCAUACGUUUGUUUUUUCAAAUGUAUCGAUGUUUUAAACAGAAAUAUAAAUCUUGGUAUAUUUGUGGUGAGAGCAGUUGUACUUUGGUGCAGAUUCUUGGGUUAUUGUACUGAGUAUCCUCUCUGUACAGCUGAUCUGAGAGAGUCAUCUUCUUUUUUAUGCUACCUCCUUUUAAGACUUUGGACUUCAAGACCAAAAGUAAUUUCAUGAAAGUAUUACUGUGAUCAACAGAAACCUGAGUGGUAGAUGUGCCCCUUUAAAAAUGAACCUAGAGUAAGUUACCGUGUUCCCAAUAGCGCAGUAUGCUGCUGAAUGGACUUCUUGACACUCUGCAUUUUGUGGUAGGUUUGAGGUUAAGAGGUUUAACUACCUGCUGCUGCUCUCCUGGAUUCUGCUGUUCUGAUAAUUCAGGUUCCAUAGGUAAUAAUUUCAGGCCAACAGAGAAUUCAGUGUGAAUCAGAUAGGAAAUAUUUUAUUGAGUGAGUUUGUUGUCUUCUAUUACUAGGAAUACUCUAAACCGGGAA